GUUACCUGUCAAAGGCUGUAUUGGAAGACAUUUUUUCUGGAGCGCAGCUCAUGUGAACUUUCUGAAUGAAAUGAAGCAGCGUUUAAUAGAGGUAGCAGACUUCCACCAUGCUGCCAGUAAAGCACUCAGAGUGGAGAGUCCUGCAGAGGGCAGUGACAGAUCACGGGAGAUGGCAAGCUGCUCGCCAGAUUACCUGACUUCACCAGAACUGCAUAAGGAACUUGUCAGGCUUUGUAAUGUUUUUGUUUUGUGGUUGGAAGAAGAGAGUUUCCAGAAAGGAGACACAUACAUUCCUUCUUUACCGAAGCAGUAUGAUGUACAUAGACUUGCUAAAGUCAUGCAGAAUCAACAGGAUUUAUGGAUGGAUUAUGUCAAUGUUGAACUCAUACACCAUGAGUUUCAGGAAGCUCUCAACCUUUGGCUACAGGUUCAGCUUGAAUCACAUACAGCCUCUGUUUCUGCAGGGCAAACAGAUUUCACCAACCCUUUAUCAGCCAAAGAGAGGAUAAUUAAUAAUUUGAAGAGGUUUGAGAGUCCCAAGCCACUUCUUCCACUCCAGACGAUGAAAGCUCCUGUGCCAGUUAUUUCCUCUGCCAGUCUAGUAAGUCAGAAAGAAGCAAUUCAGCUCAUGCGCAUGGACCUUAACAUCUUGCAGCGACAUGCCAAAACUGCAGGUCUCUGGGAAUCUCAGCACGUUGCUCUCAAUAGUGAAAUAUUGGACACAGUACCCAAGCUCUACGUCAAUCGGGAAGAGCAGAUCACCCUCCGUUUGGAAUGCAGAGGAACUUCAAAUAAAGGCUGCCAGGGAGCAGCUCUUCUACCAAUCCAGUUUGAAGGGAAGCAUAAAAAUGAAGCAGUGAGCCAGCAGCUUCAUGCUUUGCGUAAAGAAGUGAGACAACUGCAGGCAGAAGCUACGAAGCCACCUUCUCUGGGUGUUGUGGAAGCAGCAGCACAUGUGGAAAAUUUUAUAACAGCCUUAAUGAAUAUCUAUAAGGUGCAGCCUAUGCCUGCAAUUAAGAAAGUCGGAAUUAGUUUGUUUUUUACGUUAGUGGAAUACGUGUGUGAUGAAACUCAACGUAAUCCUCCCACCAGGCAGUUCUUCACAUCCUGCAUCGAGGUUCUAGGCCAAGUGUUCAUCAGUGGGACCAAGUCAGAGUGCAAACGUCUCCUCCAGACAAUCCUGCAGAAUCAAAGGCUCUGUACUCUCCUUUCUCCUUACUUCACUCCUGUUGCCUCUCCCAGUGAGUUUGUGACUUUAUAUGAAAAAGUCGUGGCCUUUCUGAGUGAGGAUAACAGUGAUGUUGUCUUCAUGCUUCUGACAAAGUUUGACCUUCCGCAAUGGCUAAGUGCUGCUAAGCCACCUCUGUCUGAACGUACCAAGCUUCUGGAAUCUAUUCACUUGGCUCUCAGUGCAUGUGGCCUUGAACCUGAAGAAGAUAUUUUGAUGCCAUUUAAUAUCUUCUGCAAGCAUUGGACUAACCUUCUCCAGUAUCGGUUCCCUGAUCACUAUAGUGAUUUCCUGAGAUUGUUGGUGCAAAGUUCUUCAGAGCACCUCCUAAGCCCUGACUGUUGGAAGGCAUCACUUAAAGCUUUGGGAUGUGGUUCAUCUGUGACUGAACAGGGAAGCUUCAAGAAAAGUGAUUCUACUGAAAGUCCCGUAUUGCAGGAUGCUGCAGAAAUUCUCCUCUCUGCAGAACAGGUUAGAGAGACGGUAGAAUGGCUUUCCACAUCUUUCUGCAAACUCCGACUGGCUUCAAUGGACUUCAGGACUUUUGGCCUCUUUUCAAAAUGGAGUCCUUACAUGGCUGAAGUGAAUAAAUUUCUGGAGUAUCUUAUUAAACGACUUAUUGACACCGAAGUAGACAACUUAGCCCAAGAGCCUGUUGGCAGUAACAGAAUUCUAGCAGCAUUGCAAUCCUUGUAUUCAGUCAUUGCUGGUCUCUUUAAACCAUGGAUACUGGUCUUGGAUAAGGAAGAUGCAAGUAAUCAGGCGUGCUACCCUUGGUUGGAGAGUGACUCUCCUGUAGCAUCCACUGUGGUGUCUUUGUUUACAGAUUGUGUCAAGCUUUUGCAUGAGAGCUUUAAAGAUAAGCUGUUGCCAAGCCACCAUGGGGCUCUCUGGUUACAUCUAAUGCGUUACUGUGAAUGUUGCACAGCCCCCAAAAUGCCAGAAUUUAUUCUCUGUGCUUUCCAUACUGAGUUCAGAAGGCUUCCAUGGAAGGAAAUGCAUCCAGACCAGAUGCUUAUGGAAGAGUUCUUUAAA